AUGAGUAAUCACAAUGGCACAAUAUUUAUGCCUUCAGUUCUGAUACUGAUUGGGAUCCCUGGCUUGGAAUCUGUGCAGUUCUGGAUUGGAAUUCCUUUCUUCACCAUGUAUAUCAUUUCUCUCUUUGGGAAUUUCCUGAUCGUGGUCGUCAUCAAAUCUGAGCGCGGUCUCCAUGAACCAAUGUAUCUUUUCCUGGCAAUGCUUGGAGCAACAGACAUUGCUCUCAGCACCUGCAUCCUACCAAAAAUGCUGGGAAUCUUCUGGUUCCAUUUGCCAGAAAUACAGUUCGAUAUUUGUCUCUUUCAGAUGUGGCUCAUACACACGUUCCAGUGUAUCGAGUCAGGUAUUAUUCUGGCUAUGGCUCUGGAUCGAUAUGUGGCAAUCUGCAAUCCUCUUAGACAUGCAACAAUUUUCACUCACCAACUUCUCACUCAGAUUGGGGUUGCAGUGUCACUCAGAGCAGCCAUCUUUGUGGCUCCCUGCCUCGUCCUCAUCAAAUGCCGCCUGAAGCACUAUAGGACCACUGUGGUCUCCCAUUCAUACUGUGAGCACAUGGCUAUUGUGAAGUUGGCAGCAGAGGAUGUUCGAAUCAACAAGAUCUAUGGUCUGUUUGUGGCUUUCAGUGUACUUGGGUUUGACAUAAUUUUCAUCACACUGUCCUACAUCCGAAUAUUUAUUACUGUCUUUAAUCUGCCCCAAAAAGAAGCAAGGCUCAAAGCCUUUAACACCUGCAUUGCCCACAUCUGUGUCUUCCUUGAAUUUUAUCUCCUUGCUUUCUUCUCCUUUUUCACACACAGGUUUGGUUUCCAUAUCCCACCCUACAUUCAUAUUCUUCUGUCCAACCUCUACCUACUUGUCCCACCGUUACUCAAUCCCGUUGUGUAUGGUGUGAAAACCAAACAGAUUCGAGAUCGAGUAUCCAAAAUGUUUUAUCCUAAGGAUACUUCUUGA